GUUAUUGAGUUUAUGGAAGAUGAUGAAUCCAUCUAGUCAGGCGGUAGCACAUGAUCGCCACAGCGCUCAGUUCCCUGAUUGAAAGAGAACGUACCAGUCUAUCGGUAUCUUUCACCUCCAUCUCUGACGCUCAGAAUAGUUGGUGGAAAAUCUACUUCAUGCCUCCGAAGACUCUGGUCGGGCUUUCGCUUUAGGAUCGCGACGGUGAAGUGUGUAUUUGGUCUGCCGGCAGGAAUGGACAACCUCACGCCGGAGCAAUGGCGCGAGAUCAUGAACAAGAAGAUGCGCUUCCCUCCGGAGCUCCUCAACGCCAUCCACGAGGGGAAAAUAGAGCUGCUGAGCGGACUGCUGAGGACCGGGGACGGCAUCAUUCGCCAGCUGGACGAGUCGGAGGACCGCCAGUGGAGGGAGGCUCUCAACCUCUCCAUCCGCCUGGGCAACGAGGACGCCAUGGACGUCCUCCUGCAGGGCGUCAAGUUUGACUUCCGGCAGAUUCACGAGGCUCUGCUGGUGGCGGUGGACACAAACCAGCCCAAGGUGGUGAAACGCCUGUUGGACCGCCUGGACCAGGAGAAAGGCAACAAGAUGGACGUCCGCUCCUUCUCUCAGGCCAUCUUCGACCGCUCCAUCGACGACUCGCAGUUUGCCCCCGGGGUGACGCCGCUGACGCUGGCCUGUCAGAAGGACCUCUACGAGAUCGUCACCAUGCUCACCCAGAAGGGCCACGUCAUCCCGUGGCCUCACAAGAUCUCCUGCGCCUGCCUGGAGUGUCGCAACGGCCGGCAGUACGACCUGCUCAAGUUCUCCCUGUCUCGCAUCAACACCUACCGUGGCAUCGCCAGCCGCGCCUACCUGUCCGUCACCUCCACCGACGCCAUGCUCAGCGCCUUCAGUCUCAGCAAAGAGCUCCGCAAGCUGUCCCAGAAAGAGCCAGAGUUUAAGCCUCAGUACCUGGGCCUGGAGCAACUCUGUCAGGAGUUUGCCGUGGAGCUGUUGGGCAUGUGCCGCAACCAGAGCGAGGUCACCACCAUCCUGAACAGCUGUGGAGACGAGAGCCAGGACGCUUUGGAUGCGCAGGCCUUCGAGGAGGGAAUACCCAACCUGUCGCGUCUGAGGCUCGCCGUCAACUACAACCAGAAGCAGUUUGUGGCCCAUCCAAUCUGUCAGCAGGUCCUUUCCUCCAUCUGGUGUGGAAACCUGGCAGGGUGGCGAGGCAGCAGGACAGCCUGGAAGCUCUUGGUCUCUGUCGGGAUCUUCCUCACCAUGCCCUUCCUUUGCCUCGUCUACUGGAUAGCGCCAAAGUCCAAGCCGGGAAAAAUCAUCCGAAUCCCUGUGAUCAAGUUCCUCCUUCAUUCUGCGUCCUACCUGUGGUUUCUCAUCACGUUACUCGGAGAAUCCAUAACCAUGGAAAUGUACCGGGACAAGUUUGCGUCCCGUCACCAGAACAUGCUGCACAGCUCGUUCCACAUGGUGUGGGUGGUGGGAUUCUUCUGGUACGAGUGUAAGGAGGUCUGGAUCGAGGGCCUGCGAAGCUACUUCCUGGACUGGUGGAACUGCUUGGACAUGAUGGUGCUGAGCAUGUACUUGGCGUCGUUUGCGCUGCGCGUGCUCAUCAUCCUCAAAGGUCACUUCCUGUGUCACGAUCAGAGCAACAGUGACGAGUGCGUCUACUUCACUCAGACUGUGCGAGACAGCUGGCACCAGGAGGACCCUCAGCUCAUCUCCGAGGUGCUGUUCGCUGUGACCAGCAUGCUGAGCUUCACCCGGCUGGCCUACAUCCUGCCGGCCCACGAGUCCCUGGGAACGCUGCAGAUCUCCAUAGGGAAGAUGAUUGACGACAUGAUGAGAUUCAUGUUUAUACUGAUGAUCAUCGGGACGGCCUUCCUUUGCGGCAUCAACAACGUCUACGUUCCUUAUGUCAUCUCUCCUCACCUGGGCAGGUUUAACGAGACCUUCAACUUCUUAUUUUGGACCAUGUUUGGCGUGGGCAACCAGGACUACGUGGACAUGCCGCAGUUCGUUUUGGCGGAGUUUGUGGGGAGGAUCCUGUACGGCAUCUUCACCCUCGUCAUCGUCAUUGUCCUCCUCAACAUGCUCAUCGCCAUGAUCACCAACUCCUUUCAGAAGAUUGAGGAUGAUGCAGAUGUGGAGUGGAAAUUUGCCCGGUCCAAGCUGUACCUGAGUUACUUCAGAGAAGGCCUCACCAUGCCUGUGCCUUUCAACAUCAUCCCCUCGCCCAAAGCUGUGUUUUACAUCCUGAGGGGGACUUUUAGACAUCUCUGCUGUUGCUGCAGCUGUAACACAGAGCAAAAGUACCCUCCUAUAGCCUCUGAGUCCAACAACAAGGAAUCAGAGGAGAGCCUGCCUUACCGACAGCAGGUGAUCAGAGCUCUGGUGCAGCGCUACAUCGAGUCAGCUCGCAGGGAGUUUGAGGAGACCAAGAGGAAAGAUAUUGGUAACCGGAUAACAGAGCUGAACAAAGCCGUCUCCAGGAUGCACGGUGAAAUGAAAGGCCUCCAGCAGCUUCUGAUGACCGAUGGACACACCGCAAACGACGCGCUGACCAAGGAUGGCUCCUCCGUGCUGGGAAAGUACAUCAUUGGUGCCAAGAAUAACUUCAGAGGUUUUAACAGCAGGCAAGACGACAAAAACACAUCGCUUAAAGUGACGGUUCACCACAAGGAGGAAGGGGCGGAUGAAGGGAAGGCCGACUCGGAGGCCCGGCAGGACGCAGAUGCACAAUUGGAUCAGGUGGAUGAAAGUAAAGAAGAAGGAUCGCAGAAGGUGACGGACUGUGAUGUGGUGAAAAUGGAAGAGGGACGAGCGAAAGCCGAGCCGGGGGACGGGGAGGAAACCGAGAAGCGAGAGCAUGCAGAAGUGAACAAAGAUGAUGACGAUGACGUAAAAGACGAGGCCGCAGAAGGGACGGGUUUCACUAGCUCAGAGGAAAAGGUGAAAGUUGAGAGCACAAAGGGCAGGGAGGAUAAAAGGGAAGGGGGGAUUAACCCGCAGGCGACAGGAAAACCCACAGAGAUGAGGCUGGAACACUGUAAGAGCACCGAAGCUAGCCGCGAAACAACAGACGCCAAGAAAAUUAUAAAGAAGUUCAACAACAUGGAGAUGAUGGAGAGAACAGAGGAGGCAGGAUGGACGAAGGGAAAAACGUACGAGAGUAAUGUGGUGGAAAGUUCUCAGGUAAACAAGGGGGAGGAAAAAACCGGGAACAAGACAGUGAUUCAGUCUCCAACAGGGAGCAGCAGCUCCAAGGACACGGGCUUCGGCUCGCAGGAGGGAGAAGGGUCGCUUGACGGCGCGCCAGUAAAGCCUUAACCGCAGCGGCUGUUAGCCAUGACGGCACUGCCUGUCUCUGAAAGGGUAGGGAAACCAGGGAAAUAGAGAAGUUUGAAAGGAAAAAAGGCUAAGUAAAUCAACAUCACCUUAUCGAGCACAGAUGUUUUCAGCGGCCUACGCAUGCACAGCCUAUUGCUUAAAAAGAAUCUCCUGAAAUGCAGCCAGACAAUAUUUGUCGCCCCCCUGAAACCCUAAAAGUUUGCACAGGAAACAAACGGAUAUACUUUUAUCCAUAGCUUUCCUCCAAGCCAACUUUUUACAUUCUGGGCAGGAAAAUACUGAAUUGCAAUAAUAUUGCUGCAAAUUGUGAUUACCAUAUUGGCUACGAUUAACCAUCAUUCUUGAACUCUAUCUUCUUUACAAUUUUAUAAUGUCCCCACUACUCUCCAAGAGCUUCUCAACUAUUCAAUUCAAUUAACUUUUUUUAUAUAGCGCCAAUUCAUGAAACAUGUCAUCUCAAGGCACUUUCCAAAGUCAAAUUCAAUCAGAUUAUACAGAAUGGCCGAAGAAAAAUUCCUAUCUGUGGGAACCCAGUUGAUUGCUUCAAAGUCCCGACAAGCAGCAUUCACUCCUGGAGAAGCGUAGAGCCACAGGGAGAG